UUCUCCCUCAGCGAAGUUUCGUCAGCCACCAGUUUCCAGCGGUCGCAGCGCGUCGUCAGUGCCUUGUCGAACCAUGGAGGACCUGAUGACACACAUUGCAGCACGGCUUCAGCAGCAGUCACCCUGAAUGAAACAGUUCUAGAAUGUUCCAGUUUGGGGAACAUCUUUCUACCUGUUUGACCUGCUUUGGUUGAUGGUUCGAUGACUGUGUGUCUUCAUCAGGAGCAGCAGAUCCAGAGUCUGUCAGCAGAACUGCGGGUCCUGAAGAACCCUGAGAACCUGAGUCCAAGUCCACGGCUGGACGAACUGCGAGAAGAAAACACUCGACUGAAAUAUCGAGUCAACAUCUUGAAGAGAAGUCUCCAGGACGAUGGUCUCCACGGUCUGGCGCCACCUGGCUGUAGAUCCAUGGUCAACAUCAACCAACAGCUGCAGCACAUCUUUGGACAAGCCAUCAGAGCUUCCUGUCCUGAACUCCAGGACCCGCCCCUCGCCGUCACACCCAAUCAGCAGGCCAAGUUUGGGGACUAUCAGUGCAACAGCGCUAUGGCCAUGGCCCAGAUGCUGAAGGUGAAGGGAAUCAAAACCAACCCACGAGAAAUCGCAGAGAGAAUCGUCCAGAACCUUCCAGAAAACGACAUCAUCCAGAAAACUGAGAUCGCGGGACCAGGUUUUAUCAACAUCCACCUGAAGAGGGCGUUUGUUUCUCGUCUACUGAAGAACCUGCUUGUAAAUGGAGUACAGCCCCCCCCACUGGCUGCCAGGAAGAAGGUGGUGGUGGACUUUUCUUCUCCAAACAUUGCUAAAGAAAUGCACGUCGGCCACCUGCGCUCCACCAUCAUCGGUGACAGCAUGUGUCGACUCUUCGAGUUCCUCGGCUACGAUGUCCUCAGGUUGAACCAUGUCGGAGACUGGGGAACCCAGUUUGGAAUGUUGAUCGCUCACCUGCAGGACAAGUUCCCCGACUACCUGACGGUGUCCCCACCCAUCAGUGACCUUCAGGCCUUUUACAAGGAGUCAAAGAAACGUUUUGACGAGGAGGAGGAGUUUAAGAAACGAGCCUAUCAGUGCGUGGUCCGACUGCAGAGCAAAGAACAGGACUUCAUCAAAGCCUGGCACCUGAUCUGUGACGUGUCCAGGAGAGAGUUCCAGAAAGUCUACGACAGUCUGAACGUCAGGAUCCUGGAGCGAGGAGAGUCGUAUUACCAGGAGCUGAUGACGGAUGUUGUGAAGGAGUUUGAGGAGAAAGGUCUGGUUCAGAUGGAGGAGGGUCGUAAACUGGUCUUUGUUCCUGGUCAGUCCAUCCCUCUGACGGUGGUCAAGUCUGACGGCGGUUACACCUACGACACCUCUGAUCUCGCUGCUCUCCAUCAGCGUCUUUUUGAGGAGAACGCCGACAUCAUCAUCUACGUCACCGACAGUGGACAGGGCACUCACUUCCAGGUGGUUUUUGCAGCAGCUCAGAUGAUUGGCUGGUACGACCCCCAGGUGACCAGAGUGGAACACGCCGGGUUUGGGGUGGUCCUAGGAGAAGAUAAGAAAAAGUUCAAGACUCGUUCUGGAGACACGGUUCGUCUGAUGGACCUGCUGGAUGAAGGUCUGAGGAGGUCCAUGGACAAACUGAAGGAGAAGGACAGGGACAAGGUUCUGAGUCCAGAAGAACUGGCGACAGCUCAGCGCGCCGUGGCGUUCGGCUGCAUCAAGUACGCCGACCUGUCGCACAAUCGCAUCAACGACUACGUCUUCUCCUUCGACAAGAUGCUGGACGACAGAGGGAACACGGCCGCGUAUCUUCUCUACGCCUUGACUCGUAUCAGAUCCAUAGCUCGUUUGGCCAACAUUGACGAAGUUGCGCUCCGCAAAUCUGCAGAGACGACAGAGGUGAUCCUGGACCACGAGAAGGAGUGGAAGCUGGGGAAGUGCAUCCUGAGGUUCCCUGAGAUCCUGCAGAAGAUCCUGGACGACUUGCUGCUGCACACGCUCUGUGACUUCCUGUAUGAACUGGCUACGACCUUCACCGAGUUCUACGACAGCUGCUACUGCGUGGAGAAGGACAGGCGGACGGGUCAGGUGAUCAAAGUCAACAUGUGGAGGAUGCUCCUCUGUGAAGCCACCGCCUCCAUCAUGGCCAAAGGCUUUGAAAUCCUGGGCAUCAACCCUGUCCACAGGAUGUGAUGUCAUGGUGGCCACGCCCACCUCCACGAUUGUCCUUCCCUACGGCCGCUUUAGCAGAAAGGCAGUCGGGACGUUGGAUCGACGGUCGGUUUUUAAUAAAGAGAUGAAAGAGUCUGAUGAUGUCAUCAUUGUGUCAUCUAUCAGAGCUCUGUUUCUGGAA